UUCACCACCUUGUUAUAGAAACCACAGGAAGCGAGAAUCGGCGUUGGGUGUUUCGUCAUUUUAAAAGGUACCGCAACCACACCGGAUAGACUGCUGAUCGGUCGACGAAAAGGAUCUCAUGUAGCCGGCACUUACCAAUUGUCUGGAGGACAUCUCGAGUUUUAAAGAAUCCUUUGAAGAAUGUGCUAUUCGUGAGGUAUAUGUAGAAACAGGUUUGACCCUGAGCACCGCUGAAUUUGCCACGGCUACCAAUGAUGCGAUGACAGAUGAGAACAAGCACUACUGUACAAUGUUCAUGAAAGCAACAGUUGACCUUGAAGACAUUAAGAAUCUUAAAUAAAUGGAGCCGGAAAAAUUAGAUGGCGACUGGGCAUGGAUAACAUGGAACGAUCUCGCUAAAGAGGAUAAUCAAUAUCGCCCUCUGUUUUUACCUCUUCAAAAUCUUCUCCUCACUUACAAUAUAGAAAUCAUCAAACUGAGGAAUACUAUAUUCCAUCUUGUCCAAAUCAAAAUCAAGUCCAGCUUUGCUACGUACGGCUAAGAAAAAGAAUGAAUAACAGUGAACAUCCUGAUGAGUCACAAGUACCUUUGGAUAUGAAAUAAAGUUUAUGACCGCAGCUUACCUCCAACCACACUAGAGAUAUCAAGAUUAUCUCUCUAUAAUUUCUUGACUUCUUCAAAGUUGCUGUACAUUGCUCUCUGAGCCGACAGAUCUAUACUUUAUUCGGCACCAAGCUCGAUAAUAUGUUUAAGGUCC